GCCUUUGCGGAAGGGAAAGCCUCGAUGCGCGGGCUGGGCAUUCCCCGGAAAAGAGGAGGGCGUCGCUUCAGUCAGCUGACCGGGAUAAGGCGAGGGCGAAAGGACUUCCAAAACAAACCACUUUCUUCUAGUCCUUCUCAACCGUUUUGCUGUUUACUCACUGCCGGAGCAACGUCUGUAGCAGCGGAAGGAAACAUCAGCCUUCCCACCAGUGCUCGAAAAGCCCGGUGGCUGCUGCUGCAAUCCACGCCAUGGAGGCGAAACCCUGUUUCUCCUUCUAUAACUGUAGCAAUGUCUAAGAAGCCGUUCAGUUGUCUUGCUGAAAAUGGGCAGUGUAGCAAGACUGAGGUGGAAAACGGCCAUCCAAAUGUGUCACCUCCCUCACUUGGCACAACCACAGCUGAAGAAAUGGUCCAGCAGAUGAAAGAGCUCAUCACUGAGAACAAUGAGCUUAAAGUAGCCAUGAGGCAACGUAAUCAAGCUAUGAAGGAUCGCUUUGAGGAGCUUUCCACAUGGAGAGAGAAGCUGAAGGAAGAUCGGGAGUUUUAUGAGACUAAAUUCAAAACAGCGAGACAGUGCUUGGCAACCAAAUGUGUGGAGAAUGAAGCACUUAAAAAGCAACUCCAGACUCUAGAGGAAAGAGAGGUAGAACUCACAAACGCUUGCACAGUUUCCAAAAAGGAGAUGAUGCAGGAAGUGGAGCUGCUGAAGACCCAGGUGAUGAAGCUCCAGGCUGAGAAGGCUGAUCUGGUUGCCAUAAUUUCAGAGCUGCAGCUUAAACUCAACAGUACCAUAGCUGAAGACUCCUUUGUUGAAAUCAGGAUGCACGAAGGAGAAAUAAAUGGAAGUGUAAAAGAAAUUCAAGAUCUUAAUGGCAAAAGAGUGGAUGACACAGCUACCUACAUGAGGAGCAGAUCUGUGGAUGAAGCGAACAAAAAAAAGGAAACUGAAGAGUUAACUGUCAGCCAGCUUCUUCAUUCCCUCAGGAGUGAGACUCAGAAGAGAGAAGCUUUGGAAAAGGAGCUGCAGGAACAGAAGGACAGACUGCUGUCAGAAAAUAAAACAGAAGAGAAAGGCACUCAAACAGAACAUGAAGAGGAGGAAGAAAAAGAGAGAGGAGAAAAUGUGUGCGAUGAAGUAGAAACUCUAAACCUGCAAGUGUCUGCCCUGUUCAGAGAACUUCAGGAGACACAUGCCAAACUAAAAGAAGCUGAGAUGAUCCAGAAGAAGCUGCAAGAAAAAUGUCAGAUUCUUGAAAGACAACAUGGUGCAAGUGCUGGAGACAUGGAUGAGAAGCAGCAGCUGUUGUACACCAUUAAGAAGCUAGAGCUUCAAGUGGAGAGCAUGCAGUCGGAGAUCAAGCUGGAGCAAGCCAAAACAAAUGAUGAAAAACAGAAAUUUAAUACACUACAGGAUGCUUAUAACAAGCUCGUAUCUGAACUGACCAAUGCAAUGCAAACAGUUGAAGAAUUAAAAGAAAAAGAGGCCGAAGUGGUCGAUAAGGCUACAGCAGAGGAACUAGCUCACAGGCUGGAUCUGGCAGAGAAAGCCCUGGCUGCCAAACAGUUCCAGAUAGAUGAAAUGAAGCAGACCAUUGCCAAGCAGGAGGAAGAACUUGAAACCAUGGCUAUCCUCCGAGCUCAGAUGGAGGUAUAUUGUUCUGACUUCCAUGCUGAAAGAGAAGCACGGGAGAAGAUCCAUGAGGAAAAGGAGCAAUUAGCUACGCAGUUGGCAUACUUGCUGGCAGAAAAGCAAGACCGUGAAGAUCUCGGGAGGAACACGCUGGCAGAAAUGCAAACUCGUCAUAGAACUAGACUUCCAUCAGAUCAGGACAAAUCUCACUUUUCUCAAGGAGUGAAAUUUCUGUCUGUAGGAACAGAAGAUUGGGAUUGGCAGCAGCAACAAAGGAAUAUCCCAGUACAUUCUUGCCCAAAGUGUGGAAUGAUUGUUCCUGAUAUGGACACACUUCAGAUUCAUGUUAUGGACUGUAUCAUCUAAGUACUGACCUCAAAAAUUCUCAAAGAUGAGAACUGCACUUUCUAAGCAAAAUAUGGCCACCCCCACCCUUUAGUAGAGAGCCUGAUCUAUGAAAUGUAAUAGUCUUGUUCUGUUUAUUUCAAUAAGAAUGUUUAGGGUUUUGUUAUAUAUUGGAAAUUUACCCAUGGGAAAAAUAGUGUGUUUUUUCUUUUAAAAAGCCAGUUAUCUUUUUUUCCUUCCAACUGGCUAAAGCUGAGGAUACUAACACUCCAAUGCUUAUUUGAUCCAAGGUAUUUAUUAAUACUACUGAGUAUGAGGAUGUGUAUUUAUGUAUGUGCAUGAACAUGUGUGUGAACAUUUUUGCAGACUUGUGGGCACCUUCAAGUGUGACUAAGCCUAUGUACCAAUGUGUGUAGUUGCAUAAUCUGAGGUGCCUCGUAUGUCCAUGUGUCUGCCAAUGCAUGUUUGCACUUACAUGUACCUGCACAUAUGAAAGUAUUUACAUAUGGUACAGAUAUGUAAAUGAAAGUGACGAAACUUAGCUCAGUUAGGAGGAGAGAUGGGCCAAGAAGAUGCUGAAGAGCUAGAUGCUUGAAUUCAACUGUUAUCAAGAUCAUAUUUACAAGGCAGCGACUCUCCUAGAAUAUGUGUUUGCUACGUGCUUAAAUGUGGCUGCACUUGAUCUGGUGUGCAUGCCCAGCACUUUUCAAGAUGGUGAAAGCUAUGACUUGCAUAGCUUUGGAGUGGAACUGAGAAAGAUAUUGAGAGGGAAUAUCAAGGAUGCAAAAGUUAUGCUGACAUCAUUUGUGGUUUCACUUCAUUCUAAUCUGGAAACUGACUGAUUUAAUAAUAUAUUUUAGUAAUUGAAUGGGGAGGAAAUCCUACCCCCCCC